CGGUCCUCGCAGCUUGUUACCCGGACACCGAUCUCACAUUAAGUUGUUGACCUGCAUGCUGCCGACCUCAUUCUCAUUCUGUGCAGGCGACAUGAACUAGUACUUGAUCCUGGGUUUGCAGAGAAUCAUCAACAAUACUUCACAAAUAUGGGUCUGACUCAAUGUCACACCGGCUCGCAGUCGACGUCCCUCCUCCUCCCCCUCCGAGUCGUCUUAUAACUUAUUGGGAUCGCGAUACAAGGUCAUUUUUAGACAUGCAGGUCUGUUUUCUAUCCAAUUGGAGACUCCAGGGAGCAUUUCAGGUGGAAACUCGGGGCAAGGGCCUGCCUGACGUCAGCGGCAUGAACUUGAACUCAGUUCUAUGAUUCUGGCCAUCAGCAGUUUCUCGCAAUUCACAGUGACAGCUGGCAAUGUCUACCUCUCGAUACAUCCCUCACUCUAACAAGCCGCCUGCCGACCUGCGGGUUUUGCAAGAGGACAUUCAAGACGCACUCAUGUCUAACGUGAGGCGUAUUCACAGGCACUCGGCUACCCGAGCUGGCGUAUACAUUGGUUCUGCAGGAGUUUAUCUCAUGGACAAGAGCGUGGCAGGAUUCGUGCCAUCGGACCCGGCGAAAUCGACCAUCGCUCCCCUUACGUCCCAGCAGUUGACGGUCCCACAUUCAGGCUCCCGCGCUUCGUUUCUCGAAACCAGCGUCGGAUCAGCAACCCUCAUCCUGAAGGAGAAGCUCUGGGUUAGCUCUGGUCUGCGCAAGGCCAACGUCGGCGGGAGCGAUCUGCAGAAGAUUGACGAGUUGUGGACGCCCUGCGUUCAACUACUCGAAACUGCCCUCCAAGUGUCGGCCAGUGAAGAGAUGGACGACGACGGUUGCGAUGUCCUAUAUGGCCGCGCAGGGCUGUUGUACUCCCUGCAUUGUCUUCGGACGGAACUCGCGUCUCUUCGCGACGGCGGUGUGUCGAUCAGCCAGACCGAGGAUCCCGCCAUUCGUGUUGUUGCAUCGCUCUGCGCCAAUGCCAACGUACAAGCGCUGGUUGAGGACAUCAUGGAGCGAGGCAAGAUCGGUGCUCGCGAAUACAAAGAGGAGCUCGCAAGUCUUAGAGACGAGCGCGACAAGGUCCCUCCCCUCAUGUGGAGAUGGCACAGCACCCGCUAUCUUGGAGGCGCGCACGGUGUCGCUGGGAUUCUGCAUAUGCUCGUCCUAACGCCGUCAAGUAUCAUUCAACCGCACUGGUCGGACAUCGUCGAGAUGAUCGAAUGGCUGCUGGCGAUCCAGGAGCCGCUUGGGAAUUGGCCUUCAAAAGCUGGAAGGCACUUGUAUCACGUCGCUGGUGGCACAGCGACGAGCGCAGAGGCGAAGCGCGUGAGCAUCGGCGAGGAUGACCGGCACGAGCUUUUGCAGUGGUGCCACGGCGCUCCCGGCGUGCUCAUGCUGCUGUCCAUGUUCCUCAAUCGAACCGCGCAGUCAUCUUCACUCACCAUCUCAUCGUCCCUCCGGGAUCGGACCAUCGCGGCCGUGCAGCGCGGCGGCGAGCUCGUCUACACUCACGGCCUACUCCGCAAGGGCGUCGGACUCUGCCAUGGCGUUGGUGGCAGCGUGUAUGCGCUCCUCGCCGUCUCCGACGCGCUCGACUCGGGGGAGGACACUUAUUGGCUCGUGCGCGCGGUGCACCUCGCGCACCUGGCCACGGAGUACGGCGCGCUGGAACGGAAGGGCGAGAUGUAUGUGCCCGACGAGCCGUACAGCCUGUAUGAAGGCGUCGCGGGGAUGUGCUGUGCGUGGGCGGAGGUGCUCGUGAGGCUCGGCGUACCGAGCCGUGGUGUUGAGAAGAGGAAGUUGGGGAUGCCCGGUUAUGAUGACCUGUGA